AUGCAUCGGACGUGCGGCAUAGACGUGCGGCCGUGUGCGCUCGCUGCUGCGGCGGCGAGCCAAGCAGCACAUGCGCCACGCAUUCAUUCGUGUGCGCAGGGCUCGGAUGAUGUGGUCGGCGUGCUGGACGAGGCUGCCGGCCUGCUCGCGCAGGGCGACGUGUCGGUCGCCCUCGCAUUCCGCCCGCUGCUCUUGGAUCUUUGCGCGCGUGCGACGCGCGAUACGCUCGGCGCGGCACUCGCUUUUUCACAGCUCCUCGGUGCGUUUGAGGAGUUGUUUCCGCUUGCCGAGCCCUUCUUUCAGCAGGCAUGGCCGGAUGGGCUCUUGACCGAGACGACGCAGGAGCGUCUUCUCGCGCAGUACCGCCUGCUGCGCGCGGCGCCGUCGCUGGCCAAGUGGCCCUCGGCGCCGCUCUAUACUCUCUUUUCAGAUACCACGCAAGCACCGGCGCUGCGCCUGCUCGCCCUGGAAGUCUACGCGCUGCAGGAGCGGCUCGCGCCGAGCUCUAAAGAGGCGCUUGUCGCGACGUGGAUCGGCGACGCGCCGGCCCUUUUGGAGGGCGUGUGCGACGUGCGCGUGCUUCCCGUUCACGAAGCGCAGCGCAUCGACGCGCUCUGGAAGGGAUGCAAAGCGCUCCCUCCGAGCGACGCCCCUCUAUAUGUCGACGAGUCGCAUCUUGCACCGGGCCUUGUAAGCGUCGGCGGCGUGCUCCUCUACGCGCCGGACGCUGCGCCAUCGACUGGAUUUGUCGAGACGCCCGGCCUCGCCGAGCCGAUGCGCGACGCGGCGCUGCACAUUGGCCUGCGUCUGCCGCUCCUGCUGAGCGGCCCGGCGGCAUGCGGCAAGACGCAUCUCAUUACACACCUCGCACAGCGCCUGCACGGCGCUCGCCCCACGCCGCCGCUCCUCUCGAUCCAGCUCGGUGAUCAGAGCGGCGUCGACGGCAAGCAGCUCCUGGGCUCGUUUGUCUCGAGCAGUACGCGCCCAGGCACCUUUGAGUGGGUCGAAGGUGCACUUGCGCGUGCCGUGCGCCAGGGCGUGUGGGUGCUCCUGGAAGAUAUCGACAAGGCAUCAGGCGACGUGCUCAGCGUCAUUGCGCCGCUCCUAGACGCACUCGCACCGACCAAGGCGAUCGGCGAGCGGCCCCGCCUCGAUCUGGGCGCGCGCGGCACGAUCGAGGCCGCGCCGGGCUUUGCCUUGUUUGCAACACGCACGAGCACUGCCCCGUUUGCCACAAGCGAGCACUGGGGCGAGGUCACGAUGCCGCCGCCAACGCCGGACGAUGUCGACGCGAUCCUCGUGCACCGCUUCCCUGCGCUGGCACAGCUGCCCCGCGACGAGCUCGCGAGCGUCGUGCGUGCGUGGGCAGCGGUCGCCGAGGGCGUGCGCGCGCCGGGUGCGCCGUCCGGCCUGCGCCGCGUCACACUGCGCGAGCUGAUCAAGUGGUGCGCACGCAUCGAGGCGCAGCGCCCACAAAGCCUAUUUUCGCACCCAGUCGUGCAAGAGAGCGUGUUCCUCGACGCGUGCGACCUGUUCUUUGCGGCGAUGCCGGACGCCGCGCCGGGGGCGGCGCUCUCGCCGUACGUCACGGCGCUCCUGUAUACGCUCGCCGAGUCGCUGCAGGUCUCGCCGGAGCGUGCGCGGUGGGCGCUCGAGCAGCGCAUUCCCGAGCUCGUGCAUUCCACGCCCCCGCGCCUCGGGCGCGUCUCUCUGCCGAGUGGCGGCCAGGGCUCAGCGCGGUACGCGCUGACGAAGCCGACGCUGAUCCUCAUGGAGCGCGUCGCGGCGUGCAUUGACCAGGCCGAGCCUGUGCUGCUUGUCGGCGAGACGGGUACAGGCAAGACGAGUAUGGUGCAGCACCUCGCGUCGAUGUACAAGACGCCGCUUACGGCAAUCAACAUGAGCCAGCAGACCGAGAGCGCCGAUCUGCUCGGUGCGUACAAGCCGCUGGAUCCCAAGCUCCAGGCGCAGGCGCUGCACGACCGCUGGACGGCGCUCUUUACCUCGACCUUUUCCGAGCGCCGCAACGCCGAGUUUCUCAAUGCCGAGCGCAAGGCGCUCGUCAAAGGCAAGUGGGCGCGUCUCGCGGCGCUCUGGCAAGAGUCGGGGCGCAUGGCCGCCCAGGCGCGCGCGGCCGCGGAUGCCGACGUGCGCAAAAAGCGCCGCGUCACGCACGACGCGGCGGCUGUGUGGGACGCAUUCUGCGACGACGCACGUACGUUUGCAGCGGUGCACGCGAGCAAACAGCGCCACUUUGUCUUUGCUUUCGUCGAGGGGCCGCUCGUGCACGCGAUUCGCCACGGGCACUGGAUCCUGCUGGAUGAGAUCAACCUUGCGGCGCCGGAAACGCUCGAGUGCCUGUCGAUGCUCCUGCAGUCGCGCGAAAGCAGUAUCGUGCUCACCGAGCGCGGCGACCUCGCGCCGAUUCCACGCCAUCCCAACUUCCGCCUGUUUGCGUGCAUGAACCCCGCGACAGACGUUGGCAAGCGCGACCUGCAGGGCGCUUUCCGCGCGCGUUUCACCGAGCUGUACGUCCCGAGCCCCGACUCGGACCGCGAGGCGCUCGUGAGCAUCGUCGCGCAGUACAUUGGCGAGGCGUCCGUCGGCGACCGGGCCGCUGUGCUCGACGUUGCCGAGUGGUAUACCCAUGUGCGCCGCCAGGCUGCCGCACACGAGCUCGCAGACGGAUGCAACGAGCGGCCCCAUUACUCGGUGCGCACGCUCGCGCGUGCCCUGACCUUUGCCGCGGCGCUCAUGCCGCAGUACGGCCUGCGCCGCGCGCUCUCAGAGGGCGUGUCGAUGGCAUUCGGCACACUGCUCGAUCACAAGAGCGCGGAAAAGCUCGUGGCGGCGACCGAGCAGCAUCUGCUCGCACGCGCCAAAGACCGCCGCCGGCUUGCACCGACCUUUUGCCCUCCGCGGCCCGGCGAUGGCUACGUCAACUUUGGCCCGUUCUGGCUCGAGGCGGGGCCGCUGCCGCUGGACGACGCGUCCGAGUACGUGCGCACGCCGAGCGUCGAAGCGAAGCUCGCGGCCCUUGCACGGACGCUCGUCACGCGCCAGAGCCCGGUGCUGAUCCAGGGCCCGACGUCGGCCGGCAAGACGAGCGCCGUCGAGUACCUCGCGCGGCGCACCGGCCACCGCUUUGUGCGCAUUAAUAACCACGAGCACACGGACGUGCAAGAGUACCUCGGCGCCUAUGCGUCGGAUGCCUCGGGACGGCUUGUCUAUACAGAAGGCCUGCUUGUCACUGCGCUGCGGCGUGGCGACUGGAUCGUGCUGGACGAGCUGAAUCUUGCACCGACCGACGUGCUUGAGGCACUCAACCGUCUUUUGGACGACAACCGCGAGCUGCUCAUCCCCGAGACGGGCGAGGUGGUGAAGCCGCACCCGCAAUUUAUGCUCUUUGCGACGCAGAAUCCGCCGGGCGCGUACGCCGGCCGCAAGAUGCUUUCGCGGGCCUUGCGCAACCGUUUCGUCGAGCUGCACUUUGACGACGUCCCAGAAACGGAGCUCGCGACCAUCCUCGAGCACCGUUGCCGCAUUGCGCCGUCGUACGCGGCCAAGAUUGUGGCCGUCUUUAGCGAGCUCCAGCGCCGCCGCCAGGCCGACCGUGUGUUUGAGAACAAGCACGCGUUCGCAACGCUUCGUGACCUCUUCCGCUGGGGCGCGCGUGGCGCUGUCGGCUACGAGCAGCUCGCAGAUACCGGCUACAUGCUGCUGGCUGAGCGCGCACGCAAUCCCCGCGACCGCGAGGCGGUGCAGUCUGUGCUUGAGGACGUGCUGCGUGUCAAGGUCACGCCCGCACUCUACGACCUCUCGGACACAAGUACGGUCGUGGCACAAAUCGGCACCGAGCGCGCGGCUGCACUCAAGGCCGCCGCCGCGGCACAAGGCAUCGUGUGGACGGCCGCGAUGCAGCGCCUCGUGUGCCUUGCCGCCGUGGCGCUCGCGUACAACGAGCCUGUACUGCUCGUCGGUGAGACGGGUGCAGGCAAGACGUCCGUGUGCGAUAUCCUGUCGGCGGCGUUUGGGCGCCCGCUGCACUCGUUCAACUGCCACCAAAACACGGACAGCGCCGACUUGCUCGGUGGCCAGCGCCCGGUGCGCGACCGUGCGGCGCGCGUCGCUGCGGCGCGUGCGGCUGCGGUGGAAGCGGCCGGCGCCGAGGUCGGCGAGCUUCCGCUCGAUGCACUGUCAGCGACACUUGCGAGCCUCGAUGCGUCGCUGAAGCGCGACGAGGCCCUGCACCUGAUCCAGGCCGCGCAGGCUCUGUUUGUCUGGUGCGAUGGGCCCCUCGUGCAGGCGAUGCGCCAGGGCGACCACAUGCUGCUCGACGAAGUGUCACUCGCCGAUGACUCCGUCCUGGAGCGCCUGAACAGUGUGCUGGAAAAAGAGCGCACGCUCGUCCUGGCUGAAAAGGCAGGGCGCGUCGAGGACCUCGCGAUCACCGCCGUGCCGGGUUUCCAGAUCCUCGCGACGAUGAACCCGGGUGGCGACUACGGCAAGAAGGAACUGAGCCCCGCCCUGCGCAACCGUUUUACCGAGAUCUAUGUCCCGGCCGUCGACGCACACGCCGACCAGGCCGCGAUCCUCGAUGCGCAGUGGCCCGCGAACGUGCCGGAGCUGCGGGCGUAUACCGAGCCGAUUCUUGCCUUUGUGCAGUUUGUCGCAAAGCAGCUGGGCGGCACCGAGCAUACCGGCCUCGGUGUGCGCGACCUGCUGAGCUGGGCAUCGUUCAUGGUCGCGAUGCAUGCUAGCGGCACACUUUCUCCCCCGGACGCAUUCGCGCACGGCGCGGCGCUCGUCGUGAUUGACGGACUCGGUGCGCUGCCAGCGACCGCGGCCAUGUCGCCCUCGGGCCUCGCACAGCUGCGUGCGCGCUGCAUUGCCGAGGUGAACCGCCUAAUUUCCCCGGCGACGUUUGACCCUGCGGCGCCUGCACUGCGCAGCGUCACGGACACGCACGAGGCACUCUUUGUCGGCCCGUUCUCCCUGCCAAAAGCAGGCAAGCCAAAGGACGUGCGCUUUGCACUCAGCGCGCCGACCACUGCCGAGAAUGCGAUGCGUGUGCUGCGUGCGUGUGCGGUGCCGAAGCGCAGCGUACUGCUGGAAGGCAGCCCAGGUGCCGGCAAGACGUCGCUCAUUGCUAGCCUCGCGGCGAUGACCAACAAUCCGCUGACACGCAUCAAUUUGUCGGAGCAGACCGAGCUCCUCGACCUCUUUGGCGCCGAGCUUCCCGUCGAAGGUGGCAAGCCCGGCGAGUUUGCGUGGCGUCCUGCCGCGUUCCUCGAGGCGAUGCAGGCCGGGCACUGGGUGUUGCUGGACGAAAUGAACCUUGCCUCGCAGACCGUGCUGGAAGGUCUGAAUGCCUGUCUCGACCACCGCGGCGCAGUGUACGUCGCCGAGAUUGGGCGCACCUUUGCGCGCCACCCCUCCUUCCGGAUCUUUGCGGCGCAGAACCCCCAGCACCAAGGUGGCGCACGCAAGGGCCUGCCCAAGUCUCUCCUGAACCGUUUCACAAAGGUGCAUGUCGCCGAGCUCAACGCGACCGAUGCCCAGGAGAUUUGCGCACAGCUAUACCCCGACGUCCCUGCCGAGGCGCUGGGACGCAUGGUCGCCUUCAACACGGCGCUGCAGCAAGCGACGCUCUACGACGGCCUCGCGCGUUUCGGCGCGCCGUGGGAGUUUAAUCUGCGUGACUUGCUGCGCUGGCUUGCGCUGAUGCAUGCGCCGCUCGGCUCGCCGUCCCACGAUCCGACCGCGCACUUUGCCGCGCUGUACGCCCGCCGCUUCCGUACGGAAAGCGACCGCGUGCGCACUGCCGCGCUGUACGCCAAGCACAUGGGCAUCGACGCCCGUACGCUGCUCGACGCGCCGGCGCCGCACAUUGGCGCUAGCCAUGCCUUGUUGGGCCACACGCUGGUCGACCGCGGCAUGGCGCCGUUGCCUCCGGCAGCGAGCACUACCGCGGUGCUUCCCACGCAGCUCGCGUGCCUCGAGGCAGCCGCCGACAGCGUGCGUCUUGCGUGGCUCACGAUCGUGACCGGCGCGACGGGCGCAGGCAAGUCGGCGUUUGUGCGUAUGCUUGCCGACCUCGCUGGCGUCGCGGUCGACGCGGUGCGCCUCAGCGCUGCGUCGGACACGAUGGACCUCUUGGGCUCGUUUGAGCAGCACGAUGUCGUGCAUGCCCAGCGCGCGGCUCGUCGCCAGGCCACAGAGAUUGUACAUGCGGCCGCCGCGCGCCUGCGCUGCAUGUCGGGUGCUGCAGAGCUCCUAACCCAGCUCGAGAACGCACAGCGCAUGCUUGCGGUGGACGCGCCGGCGGCGAUCGCGUCGCUCCUCGCGCACCCGGGCCUGGAGGAGGAGGAGCGCACGGCCCUUUCCUCGGCGGCUGCGGCCUUUGGCCCCAGCGAGAGCCAAGGGCAGUUUGCGUGGGUCGACGGCCCGCUCGUGCGUGCUGCGAAUGAAGGCCGCUGGCUCGUUCUCGAGGACGCGAACCUGUGUUCCGCCUCGGUGCUCGACCGUCUGAACUCGCUCUUUGAGCCGAACGGCACUCUUCUCCUGAGCGAGCGGGGUAUGGUCGACGGCGCGAUCCCCGAGCUGAAGCCGCACCCCAAUUUCCGCGUGCUGAUGACCGUCGACCCGAAGCACGGCGAGCUGAGUCGUGCGAUGCGCAAUCGUGGUUUGGAGCUGUUCCUCGACGCGCCAGACCUCGCGCGCAUUGCGCCGAUGGCGCGGUGCCCAUCAGCGCUGGCGAGCGAGUCCCCGAUGCACUCGGCCGUCGUUGCGCAUGCCGUGCGCCGCGGUCUGAGUGGCGCGGCCGAGGCGCCUGUGCCGGACCCCACGGCGAUGGCGCUUGUUGCGCCGCUCGUGGAUGUCGGCCGCCUGCCGAUCGCACACACCCUUGCAUGGCUGCCGCACCUUGCCGAGGCGGCGCUUGUGCACGCUGCGCAAGUACUUACACUUGCACAGCAGCAGGCGCUGCACACGGCCGUUGGUGCAGAGCACGCAUCGUGCCUCGCCAUCGCCUAUGACGGCAUCGCCGAAGCCGUGCACCAGCGCAACAAUGUGCUUGCACAGCAGGGCUACCCCACUGCGCUCCUUGCACUGCUGCCCCCGGACCUGCGCCGUACGCCUGUGCCGUCGGACGACGAUGUGGGUAGCCGCAUUGCACUGCGCAUCCGCGCAGCGUUGCGGCAACAUGCCCUUGCGGCCGUCGACGACGAAGGCCCGUCGGUCCUGUCGCGAGCCAAGCGCCACGCGCCCGACCUCGCGCCGCUCCUCGCGGAGCUGCCGACGCUCCUUGGCGCGAUUCCCGCGCUGGCGCUUGCCGCAAAGGAGAGCAGCGCAGCACUGCACACGCUCAUCGAUGCCGCGCACUUUUUGCACGAGGCGUGCGAGGGCGAGGACGCGGACUACUCGCUUGUGCACGUCGUUCUGCGCACGAUCCGUACUGCGCUGCGCGAUGCACACGGCGACGGCGUGCCGACGCAGCGUGCCGACGCUGUCCUGCGCACGAUGCAUGCACCCCGCUCGUCGGCUGGCGGCGCGGCGAUGCACGCUGUAUGGGCCAUGCUCCUGCCCAAGAUUCCCCCGGCGGCGCUCACAGCGCUCGCGCAGCUCGAGCAUGCUGCGUGGCAGCCGCACGCCCAAAAGACGGCACGCACCGCGCUCGAGCUGAUGGCCACGCUGGCGCUCGCCGACCAUGCCUGGACGCCAGAGCAGCAGACGGAGCUGUGUGGCCUUGCCGCCCAGCUCGCGUCCGAAAUGCAGCUGGCAGAGCGCAAGGGAGAGGCGCACGAGGCGACGUAUGCCUAUGUCUCUCAUGUCCUCCCUGUGCUGGCCUGGACGCUGACCGUGUCGCCGGCCAAGCUGCCGCGCGACGCGCGUCUGCGCACGCUCCUCUCGCUCGGUAUCGAGCACAGCAUGGCACCGGCGAUCCUCGUUCCGGCGCAGCUCCAGCUGUGGGCGCCGGACGCGCCGUGUGCGCACACGCCCCCCGCCCAGCUGCGCGCGGCGCGUGCGCUGUGGGGCGUGGACGGCGCCUCGUCGCUGCUGAGUGCGACGCUCCUGCGCAACGUCCUGCGUGCGGUGCACGUCGACCGCGUGUCGCUCUUUGCGUGGCCGCAGUACUGUCGCGAGCUCGAGCAGCUCAGCACGAGCGUCGCGACGGCGAUGGCACCUGCAGAGACGCCGCGCCUCGCGUCGCUUCUCGCACUCCUCCUGGCGUUUGUCGCUUGGUUAUGUGCGGCACUCGCCGAGGCGCUCAAGGCCGUGCCGGACACGGACGAGCUCGCGGACGGGCUUCACCGAGCCGCGGCCGGGAGCGACCGCGAGGCGAUGGCGGCGGCCGUCGAAGCAGUGCACGCCGUGCUGCCCAAGACGCUGCCGCUCUCGUCUGCACUCGAGUCGUGGUUGUCGUUCCUGCGCGAUGCGCUUGCAUGCGCCGCAUCGCCGAGCGAGCACGCGCUCGGUGCGGCAUGGGUCGGCCUUGCGACGCAGACGCUUGCGCUGUACCUCCCCGACCUUCCUCUCGACCCGGUCGCCGAGACGCACGCUGCCGCGACCUAUGCGUCGUUCCGCGUGACUCGGUUGAACGAGGCGCUGCGCAUCGAGCACAGCGCCGAAGACCUGGCGUCCGGCAACAAGCGCAACGCGGUCACCGACGAGCUCGAGCUUGCAUUGCAGGCCGCGCUCGCACACGCGUCGGAUGCUACACAGACGCGCGUGCACCGCACGCCGAAUGCUGCGCGCCUUGCGCGCCUGCACCAGGAACUCGCCUCGUUCGCGGCGCAGGUCCUGGCGCCCGCACGCAUGCGCCCGCUCGUCGAUGCGCUCGGCGCCAAGGCCGAGCGUGCGAGCGAGCAGCAGGCGACGGUCCAAGCGUCGAUUGCGGCGUUUGCGCAGCGCCUGCAGCGGCAGUACACGGAUAUGCCGGACCUGGUUGCACCUGUGCUCCUUGCGUUGGACCAGGCGCGCCUCGGUCUUGGCAUGUGUGCGUCGGCCGCGCCCUCGCGCCGUACCCACCGCAUCCUGCGCGAUGCCGCCCAGUUCCCAGCCGCCGCGGCAUCGCAGGCGCUGCGGACCGAAAAAGCGGCGAGCGUCUCGGAGCUGAUUACGUCGCUGGCCGCGGCCGUGUACGAGGCCGAGGUCGUAUGUGCGCCUGCGCCCAACGUCGAUGCGCUCUACGAGUCGCUGUAUCGUGUGUGGGCGCACCAGCGCGACACGCUCGCCGACAAGGCCGCUGCCUCGGCGCAGCUCUAUACCUACCGCGGCACGGACGACGAUGAGGAGAAGCUCGCUGCGGAGAAGCGUGCACUCUUCCCUGUCUAUGAAGAUGUGCUGGAGGAGCAGGAGGAGGAGCAGAAGCACGAGAAGCUUGCGCUCGACGAGGCGUCGGUCGUGCUUGUUUACGAGCUACACCUCGCCCUCUUUUCGCAGACGAUCGCGGUGCCGUGCGUGCGUACGGCGCUCGAUGCGGCCGACGUAUUUGCCGCGCAGCGUGCUGCGCUGGUGCGACAUCUUUCGCAGCGUGCCGAGUCGCUGCCUGCGCCUCUGGAUGCGGCAAGCGCCGCGCUGCAGCUCGCGCUGCUGGACGAGCGCACGUCGCCGCCGCCCAAGCGCCGCAACUUUUACCACGAUGCCGACACCGAAACCAUGGCGCAGCUUGCGCCUGUGCUCGAGCGUCUUGCGCAGCGGGUCAAGGAUCUGCAUGUGGCCUACCCCGAGCAGGUGCAAUUGCAGCAGCUCCACGAGCGCUGUGCGCGUGUCGCGCAGCUCGGUAUGCACAGUCCGGUUGCGCGUGUCCUUGCGGCAGUCGAGCAGCUCUUGACGCAUGUUGACGACUGGGAGACGUACGCAAGCAGUGCAACGUCCUUGCGCGACAAUGCGCAAGAGCUCAUUGCGCUCGUCGUCGCAUGGCGCCGCAUGGAGCUCGGCGAGUGGGCGCAUCUGCUCGACGCCGAGGCGGCCACCGAAGAGGGGCGUGUCGCGCCCUUCUUCUUCUCGCUGUACGAGGCGCUGACACGCGCGUGCGAUGGCGACGAGGCGACGACACUCAAGGAACUACUUGCGCUCCUCGAGACGUACGUGCGUCAGAGCCCGAUCGGGCAGCUGGCAGCGCGCCUGCGCUUGCUCGAUGCAAUGGGUUUGUACAUGAGCACGAGCCACGCACGCGUCGGCACAGUGUGCCAUAACGUCGCCAAGUACUAUGCGCAGUUUGUGCCGGCCGUCAGCGAGCACCUGGCCAAGGGGCGCCAGCUGCUCGAGCGCGAGGUGAUGGACUAUGUGAAGCUCGCAACGUGGAAGGACGUGAACGUGUACUCGUUGCGUCAGAGCGCGCAAAAGACACACACGUAUCUGCACCGCACGCUGCGCAAGUUCCGCGGGCUGCUUCAAGAGCCUGCAGAUGCGCUGCUGGCGCGCGCGGCCGACGCACGCCCCCCGAUGGCCGUACGUGCACUACUGGGGCCCGGCGAGGAGGGGUGGAAUGGAUUGUCGGAGCUGACUGCGCCGGAAGGCGACGAGGCCGCGAUCGACACAUCGCGGCCCAAGCACCUGCAGCACGCGAACCGCACAUUGCGCCAGCUCUAUGCGCUGUGUGACCGCACGCUCUUCCCCCAGCUGCGCUCGGUGCAUGUCAGCUCGGACGUGCGUGCGUUUGCAACCGAGAUCCUCGAUACGGCCGACGAGCUGAGCCAGCAGACGCCCGCAUUCUCUACGGAAGAGAAUGCAAAGCAGAUCAAGAGCCUCGCGACGCAAAAGCGCCGCGCUUGGUCCGACCUGCUCAAGGCGCUGCGCCGGAUCGGUCUCAGUCCAUUCACCACCACCGAGGUCGUGGCAGAGAACCGCGACGCGUUGCGUGCGUACUCGGUGCCCCGUAUCGCCGAGACGCAGCACAAUGCAGCGCUGGGCAUUCCGGCUACGCAGCAGUACCACUCGGCGCUCCUUGCCCAGCUCGAGCGCUUGCGCACUGCUGUGCAUGCGCCGCAAGGCGAUGUCGGCAUCGCCGAGCUUCAGCGUGCGUUGGGCUCGGUGGAACAUGGUGCAUUUGUCGCGACACGCAUCCUCCUGCGCCUCGGUACUUUUGCCAAGGCCGCACAAGGUGUGUGGGCGCUGGAGCAGCGCUUGGGUGAGCUGAGCGCGGCCGCUGCGCUGCACCCUCUGGCUGAUGCCGAGUCGUUUGCGACACACUACGAUACGCUGCAGCGUGUGCAGUGCGCGCUGGCCGAAGUGCAGAAGGCCGCACCGCUCCACGUCCGUGUCUCGCCUAUGGGCGGCUCGCUCGAGCUCGAGGCACUCGUCCACCUCAAGGACGAGGCCAAGGUGCUCGGCGAAUCUAUUCACCACACGCUCACGCUCAUGCGCGCCGCUGACCUGCGUGUGUGCACGGACGAAGAGGCCGCAAUGAUCGGACGCAGUGCCAAGCUCGUGCACGACGUCCAUGCCGCGCUCACGGCCGCCGGCGAGCGCACACCUGCGCUCCAGAUGCUCACAAUUCCUACGUGUGCUUGGCUCGAGACGCGGCCGCUGCCCGCGCUUGCGCCCGUCGCCAAAAACGCAGACGAGGCGCAGGCCGCGGUCGACCGAGUCCGCAGCUCCGUGCUAGUCGUGGCGCAGGAGCUGCGCGAUGCGCCGCAAGCGCCGCAGGCCGACCUGCCCGACCGCGCCGUGCUCGACGAGUACGCGCGUCUGCAGGCCGUGGAGCGUAUUCUGCGUCCCGAGCAGCUUGCCGACAGCGUGCACCAGAUUGUGGCGGGCGGCGCGGCGGGUGUACAAGCGGUGCGCGAUGUGGCGCCUUUCCUGGCGUCGUACAGCCGCAUGCUCUUUGCGCACAUGCAGAGUGUGUCGCUCAUGUACCGCUCGCUCGCGCGUCUAUGCCUUGUCCUGUGUACGAUUGUGCACACCCUUGCGAUGCGUGGUUUCUGCACGCCUCCCGAGGAGGACACGCAGACGAACGAUGCGGAUGCCGAAGGCGGCGAGCAGCUCGAGGGCGGCACUGGUCUUGGCGACGGCACUGGUGCCAAGGACAUCAGCGAUACCCUGCAAGACGAUGAGCCGAUGGAGGAGCUUCAGAACGACGAAGAGGGACCUCAAGACGAGACGCAAGGCGAAGACAAGGCGCGCGAGACCGACGAGCUCCAAGGCGAUGCCCAGAGUGUCGACGGCGAGCGCGGCGAGGAAGAUGGCGAAGGCGACGAACAACAAGACGAAGAGAAUGAAAUUGAGGACGAGGUCGGCGAUGUCGAUCCCCUCGACCCUGACGCCGUCGACGAAAAGAUGUGGGGCGACGAGCCCCAAGAGGCGCAGGGUGAAAGCGAAGCCGGCGGCGGUGCUCAGGACGAUCGCGAGCACGCCGCCGAGCGUGGCGAAGAGGGCCAGCAGAAGGACGAGCAGGGUGACGACGCCGAGCAAGGUGACGACGCUGACGGCGCCGACGCCGAGCAGGACGAGGCCGAAGCCGCCGAGGCCGAAGCCGAGCCGGAGCUCGAAGACAUGCCCGACAAGCACGACGGCCUGGGCCGCGAACUGGACAAUGAGGCCGAGCAGCAAGAGAUGCAGCUCGACGAUUUGGACAUGGACGACGGCGAAGGCGAGAAAGAGGACGAAGAAGAGUGGAGCGACGAUGAUAUGGAUACCCAGCAGCAAGGCGACGCACACGACUCGGGCUCGGAACUCUCUGUGGACGACCAGGACGAACGGGGUGCGGACCGCGGCGGCGACGGCGAGGAGACGGAGGAGAAUGCCGAAGUGAGCGAAGAUGUGAAGCCGGAGGGCGACGGCGACGAGGCCGACGGCGCAGACGAAGGCAAGGACGAGGCCGAUGCGGCCAAGGACGAGGCCGACGAUGCCCACGACGAUGCCCAAGAGGAUACCAAGGACGAAGCCGGCGAAGGCGCCGCGGAGCAGCCCGAGCAGCGCGGCGCCGAGCCCCAGGAAACCGAGCCAGGCCAAGCCGGCGCGCCCGAGACCAAGCAAGAUCCCUUGGACGGGCGUACAGCGCCCGAGUCCGAGCCCGCGGCGCAAGCACCCCAUGCCAAGCCGCAGUCGGCGCAGCGCACGCUCGGCGACAUGACCGACGACAUGAACACCGACGCGGACGGCGACGGCAACGAUGCUGGCGGCGCGUCAGGUGCGCAAGAGCGUGCGGCCGGUGGCGCGAGCGAUGCCGGGCAGACCGCCCCCCAGACCGGGGGCGCGCCGAUGGACGCUGGCGCAGAUGCCGAGACGCAUGCGGAUGACGCCACGGAUGCUGAGCGUGCGAACCCCGUGCAGAGUCUCGGCGACUCUCUCGAGCAGUUCCGCCGCGAUAUGGCGGCGAUCCGCGAGGCACGCGAUGCGAAUGAGCCGCAUGCCGACGACGGAAUGCCCGAGGCCGGCGAUGUCGAACACGUUGCGCACGACGACGACGCUGAUGCUCAAGCACUCGGUGUUGCGAGCGAGCAGCAAGCGCAGGCCAUGCGCCAGCUGUCGCUCGACGAGGGCGAUGCCCCCCCGGUGCACGAAGACGCGCCCGAGGUGAUGGACGAUGCGCCGCAGCCCACGAGCGAGGCGCCGCGCGAAAUGCCCGACACGACCGAUGCGUCUGGCGCCGCGACCGGCACCGCCGCCGAUGGUGCGCUCACCUCGACCGAUGUGCAGCAGCAAAGCGCCGAGGAGGGCGGCGACGUGGAGGCCGAGCACGAGACGAUGGACCCUCUCCCCGAAGAGGAGCGUGCCGAAGCCGACGAGCACGUCGAGGCCGCUCUUGCCACCUUCCGUGCCUCGGAUUCCGAUGUGGCGCAUGCCGCUGAGCUGUGGCGCGCCUACUCCACGCUGACGAUGGACCUUGCGUUUGGCCUGUGUGAGCAGCUGCGCCUGAUCCUCGCCCCCACGCUCGCGACGCGCCUGAACGGCGACUUCCGCACCGGCAAGCGCCUGAAUCUGCGCAAGAUCAUCCCCUACAUUGCGUCCGACUUUGCCAAAGACAAGAUCUGGCUGCGUCGCACCAAGCCGAGUGCGCGCGAGUACCAAGUCCUGCUGGCGAUCGACGACAGCAAGAGUAUGGCGGAAGGGCGCAAUAUCCACCUGGCCUACCAGACGCUUGCGCUGGUCACGGGUGCGCUGAUGCGCCUCGAGGUCGGCGAUGUGGCCGUCUGCCGCUUUGGUGAGCAGGUCGAGAUGCUGCACGAUUUUGGGGCGGCGUCCUUUAGCGAUGCGCACGGCGGUCAGAUUCUGAGCAAGCUGCGCUUCGACCAGACCUCGACCGACGUCCACGCGCUGCUCUCCUCGAGUCUGCAGACGCUGCGCACCGCGCGCGAGACGCGCGCGUCUGCGAGCGGCGCCGAUCUGUGGCAGCUGCAGAUCAUCAUCUCGGACGGUGUGUGCCAGGACCACGAGCGGCUGCGUGCGCAGAUCCGCCGUGCGAUGGCCGAGCGCGUGAUGCUCGUCUUUGUCGUGGUCGACGCGGCAGAGGACACGAGUGGAAGCGGCCCGCCCCGCAGCUCGAUUCUGAGUAUGAACCAAGUCUCCUACCACACCGAUGCCGCCGGCAAGCUCCAGCUGGAGAUGAAGCGGUACAUUGACACGUUCCCCUUUGACUCCUACGUCAUUGUACGGGACGUGCACGCCCUCCCCGGUGUGCUUGCGAGCACGCUACGGCAGUGGGCCGAAAAGAUUCGCGACGCAUAG